CUGCCGCCGCCGCCGCCGCUGCCUCUGCUACUCGGACUUCUGCUGGCGGCCGCGGGGCCAGGCGCGGCGCGGGCCAAGGAGACGGCAUUCGUGGAGGUGGUGCUGUUCGAGUCGAGCCCGAGCGGCGACUACACCACCUACACCACCGGCCUCACGGGCCGCUUCUCGCCGGCUGGGGCCACGCUCAGCGCCGAGGGCGAGAUCGUGCAGAUGCACCCACUGGGCCUAUGUAAUAACAAUGAUGAGGAGGACUUGUAUGAAUAUGGCUGGGUAGGAGUGGUGAAGCUGGAACAGCCAGAAUUGGACCCAAAACCAUGCCUCACUGUCCUGGGCAAGGCCAAGCGAGCAGUACAACGGGGAGCUACUGCAGUCAUCUUUGAUGUAUCUGAAAACCCAGAAGCCAUUGACCAGCUAAACCAAGGCUCAGAAGAUCCACUCAAGAGGCCAGUGGUAUAUGUGAAGGGUGCAGAUGCUAUCAAGUUGAUGAACAUUGUCAACAAGCAGAAAGUGGCUCGAGCAAGGAUCCAGCACCGCCCUCCUCGACAACCAAUUGAGUACUUCGACAUGGGCAUGUUCCUGGCUUUCUUUGUGCUCGUCUCCUUAGCCUCCCUCAUCUUCCUUGUCAGAAUCAAGCUGAAUCAGCGACGUCAGAAUUCCAUGAACAGGCUGGCUGUGCAGGCUCUAGAGAAGAUGGAAACCAGAAAGUUCAACUCUAAGAGCAAGGGGCGCCGAGAGGGGAGCUGUGGGGCCCUGGAUACUCUCAGCAGCAGCUCCACAUCCGACUGUGCCAUCUGCCUGGAGAAGUACACCGAUGGAGAGGAGCUGCGAGUUAUCCCCUGUACUCACCGGUUCCACAGGAAAUGCGUGGACCCAUGGCUGCUGCAGCACCACACCUGCCCCCACUGUCGGCACAACAUCAUAGAACAAAAGGGAAGCCCAGGUGCCGUGUGUGUGGAGACGAGCAACCUUGCCCGUAGUCGGCAGCAGAGGGUGACCUUGCCAGUACAUUAUCCUGGUCGUGUGCACAGGACCAACGCCAUCCCAGCCUACCCCACAAGGACAAGCAUGGACUCCCACGGGAACCCUGUAACACUGCUGUCCAUGGACCGGCAUGGGGAGCAGAGCCUCUAUCCUCCACAGACCCCCACCUAUGUCCGUGGCUACCCACCCCUACAUCUGGACCACACUCUGGCUACUCACCACUGCGGCCUGGAGCACCGGGCAUACUCUCCAGCCCACCCCUUCCGCAGGCCCAAGUUCAGCAGCCGCAGCUUCUCCAAGGCAGCUUGCUUCUCCCAGUAUGAGACCAUGUAUCAACACUACUACUUCCAGGGCCUCAGCUACCCGGAGCAGGAGGGCCAGCCCCCACCUAGCCUCCCACCCAGAGGCCCGUCCCGUGUCUUCCCACCUAACGGAGGCAGCAGCCUGCUCUUCCCCACUGUGGUGCACAUGGUCCCACCCACCCACCUGGAGAGUGGCAGCACGUCCAGCUUCAGCUGUUACCAUGGCCACCGUUCCAUGUGCAGUGGCUACCUGGCUGACUGCCCAGGUAGUGACAGCAGCAGCAGCUCUGGCCCGUGCCACUGUUCCUCCAGUGACUCUGUGAUGGACUGCACUGAGGUCAGCAACCAGGGUGUUUAUGGGAGCUGCUCCACUUUCCGAAGCUCCCUCAGCAGUGACUAUGACCCCUUCAUCUACCGCAGCCGGAGUCCCUGUCACACCAGCGAGGCAGGGGCUUCAGGCAGCUCAAGCCGAGCGCCUGCCGUGUGCCUUGAGGGCUCCCUACCACCCGAGGAGCUCCUAACAGCACAUAGUUAUGGUGCUGGAAAGGGAGAGCCAUGGCCAGGCCCUGCCUCUCCCUCAGGGGACCAGUUGUCUACCUGUAGCCUGGAGAUGAACUAUAGCAGCAACUCCUCCCUGGAGCACAGGGGGCCUACCAGCUCUACCUCAGAUGUGGGGCUUGAGGGUUCUCCCGGGGCUGCGCUGGACCUCAGGAGGACCUGGAAAGGGGGCCUAGAGGGGCCAUCAUGUGUCUGCUGCUGUGAGCCUCAGCCCUUUGCACUGGGGCCUGGUGCAGGAGCAGCUGGCAAUGGCAGCACCUUGUUCCUGAGUGCCCCCCUCCAUGAGGGUUGCAGCCACACAGGAGGGGAGUUACAGCCAGGAAGUUCCCAGGGCCUGUAUGGCCUUCACCCAGACCAUUUGCCCCGGAUAGAUGGGGUGAAAUAUGAGGGCCUGCCUUGCUGCUUCUAUGAAGAGAAGCAAGUGGCCCAUGGUGGUGGAGGGGGCAGCGGCUGCUAUACUGAGGACUACUCAGUGACUGUGCAGUAUACACUUGCUGAAGAGCCCCCACCCAGCUGCUACUCAGGGGCCCAGGACCUGAGCCAGCGCAUCCCCAUCAUUCCAGAGGAUGUAGACUGUGACUUGGGCCUACCUCUAGACUGCCAAGGGACUCCUAGCCUCAGACCCUGGGGUAGGACGCCAGGCCUGGAUGCCCUGCGGCCCCACAGGAGCUUGGGAACAGCCCAGGAAGAGGAGCAGGCUCCAUGCUACCAGGCUGAUGUGCUGCUGCAGCCUGGCUGUCUUCCAGAGGGGGCAGGUGCCACCAGGGCCAGCCUCCCCAGUGCCCCCCAGGACACUCAGGAGUCCAACGCCCCAGGUGCUGAGGCUGCAGGACCAGGAUCUCGCCCAGCAGAAGGCAGCGGCACAGGAACCUGAGCUCAGAAGGAACUGUUAUUGAAAGUUGGGAACUGUCAGACUCUGACUUCCUUCAAAAAAAAAAAAAAAAGAAAGAGAAAAAAAGAAAAAAAUUUUUAGCUUUGACAAACACAUAAAAGUGGUAAUAAAGAGAGCCCUCCUUUCAACCCAAAAUGUGAGCCACCUGUGGCAAAAGUCUCCUCUCCCAUUAACAAACCAACAGACAAAAUUCUGAGUCCUUUGCCUCUUUUGAUAACAUGUUAUUCUUCUGUUUUGUAAAAUGUGUGCUUGGGGUUACAAGGUGUGUGGGAUUGAGUUCUCUGCUUUGUUUCUUUUUUAAAAGAUAUUAUAUGUAAAUGUAAAAAGAUAUUUAAAUAUAUAUUUUAAAGAACCCUAACCACCAGUUUUUGCUGAAAAAGAAAAAAAUCAUUGCUGCAUUAAAUGAACCACAUCAUGUGUAGAUACUCUUGUCUCCCUGGAGGGAGCUCAGGCCUUUGAAAAGCUCAGGGCUACACCUGCCUUAGAAAAUGAACCAGAAACUUGAAGUGAAGAUAGUUAAUAUGGGUACAAACUCUGAGGAACAAUGUAAAGCUGCCUCUUUGUUUCUCGUGGCAAAUCCAAAUGUACAAAAUGUCAGGUCUUGGAAGCCAUGCCUCUCCAGCCUGUACCUUUAGACAGGGGAUGGAAAUGGCUAUGAAUAGGCCAGAAAGUCUGCAGCACUAGGGAGCUGGGUCAAACCAUUGCUGCACAAGCCUCAGCAAGACAAGGACAGUUCUGCCCAGUAUCCUUAAUCUGUCCCUUUGGGUCAUCCCAAAUGAAACGAGUUCACAAUCCUGAUCAUGGCAGAGGCUCAGAUCAUAAUAAGGGCAGUGUUCUUGAGGACCUCCACCUGAACUGUAACCCCUGGGGCAGAGAAGAGAAAGCUCUGCCUCUGUUCUUGACUUUGGAUUCUUUUGGAAAUAUAUUUUGGGCUUCCUGCCACUGGCUAUGAAAUGGUUAGACAAGGAGUGUGGGCAAACACCCAGAAAGAAUGUAGUUUUUGUGGCCUUGGUGUCUGAUGGGGCUGGGGGAGAUUGCUCUCCAAGUACCUUGCAGCACACUACCCUUUGGAGAAGGGAUGCAGGGCACGCCUGUGCACAUGCUCUGUGGAGGGAGGGGCCAAGCACCUUUGGCUGCUGUUUCUUUGGGCUGCCUUCCUUGGGGUAGGACUUCAGACCCCAUGGAGGAGGGUCUGAACCCUGAGCUCCCCUUGAAUGAUACUUUUCCCAUCCCAUUUUCCCACAAAAGCCCCACUUCAGGGUUAUUCAGCCCUCUGCCUCAUGGCUGAAAUUGCUCAUCUCACCUGCAAAUGUCUACUAUCUACCUAAUGCACUAUUAUAAAUUGAUUCUCCAUGAGAUAGGCUAUCAGAUAGUUUAGACCCAAAGGGUAGUUUUUUGUAUAUUUUUCCAGCCUUUUGCUUUUCUAAGGGGCAGGGAGAGCUUUUAAAACCCAAACCAUUUUUUAAAAGAGAAGUGUUUCAUUUUUAAAAGGGAGAGACUCUAUUUAAAACUACUUCAGAUCAGGGAUUAUCAUCCUUUUUGUCCAGUUUAUUCCUUCUUGUUCUUGAAACUAGUCACAUUAGCCUUUAUGUUCACUAACUCUUCUGAUCUCUCUCUCUCUCUUUUUUUUUUCAUAUAGCAGAUGGUUGUUGCCAUUUGAAAGAGCGUGGCCCAUUGAGUAUCUAAAAGCUCAUUUGAGAAUAGGAACCUUGGGACCUGGCUCCCUAUAGAUGAGGAUAGGGAUCACCCUGGGAUGUCAGAAGACUUACUGACCCCUCUCCAGUCAGGCACUCAGAAAGUCAGCCCAGGGUCCAGACUGGAACUUUUUUUUUUUGGUACCUGGGAUCGAACUCGGGACCUUGUGCUUUCAAGGCAGAUGGUGGAACCACUGAGCUAAAUCCCCGGACUGAGACUGGAACAUUUUGAAUAAAAGUCUCACUAUAUCAGAAUGCUUUUAAGACUCCAACCUAUUAUGAGGAAAUUAUUUCUAGCCAGGAUUUGACAGAAGGAAAUCCCAACAUCAAGCCAUUUGCCAUUUAGGAACUCACAGUGGUGAGAUUUAUCCUCCAGCCUCUGGGGUACACUCUCUUGGGGCCUGCUCCCCUGGGCUGUGCCUAGCACACCUGUUGGUAAGGGUGUGAGAAGCGCCUAAGCUGUUGACAUGGGAUCAGGGCCGCCUUUAUUUCUGAGGCCAGGAGUAGCAGCUGCUAAGAAUAACAGCUUGCAUUACAUGGUUUUAGGGAGCGGGUGGGGCAUGACUUUUAACAUGAACUGCAAAAAGCAGCUUCUCAUUGUUGAAUUUUUGUUGUUGUUUGUGGUUUUGCUUUUUCAGUUUUAAUGCCUUUGAGUGCAUAUUAUCUUCCUUUUCUGAAACCCUACCCCCAAAGUGGCUUUCUUUAGCCCUAGCUAGAAAACCACCCCUCAGUAGCCUUAAGCAGUAAAUAGAUGAGAAAAUUUGGCUGCCAAUGGAUUUAUUAAAGUAAACACAUCAAUUUUUAUUUGAAAGACUGAUAACUAUAGACAACAAAAAGGACUAUUUAAUUUUUGUACUGUAUAGGUGGAAGAAACAAUGAAAAUUUAAAAAUCAAGCAUCACCUUUCAAAUUUGUAUUGGCUCAUUAAACAGGAAGGUCACUGGAGUAAAAUAACCAACUAUCUUAUUGCAUCACUAUUUUAAUCAUAUGAACUGUCUUUGAAGUUUGAAGGCUCCAAUUAUGGUGGCAAGCACCUUUGUGGUGUGUGGUAGUUGUAUAGCCAGGGAAACAGGAGCAUCCCACUUUCCACUUGGAACCACCCCUUCCCCCAAAUUGGGAUGUGACAAUAGGACAUGGUCUUGGGGCCUUGUCCUGUGUAUAGGACAGCCAUGUAAACUGAAGAAUUCUAGAACCAGCUGAACAUGGAAGUCUGAGCAUUCUGACCUCCAGGGUACCUCUGUGGACACAGACCCAGUAAGCUGGCUUUAACUGUCCUCCAAGCUUCUUUAUUAAGUUCUGUCUCCUGUUCCACUGUUCAGACUCUCCCAUAUAUACUUCUGGUCUCUACUCAAGGUUCAUGCUUUCAAAAUGAGGUCUAAAAAAUAAUUACUAAUCAAGAGUAUUGUCUUUGCAACAGAGCUGCCUUUUUCUAUUCUUUGUAUAAACUCUUGUGUUGGUCUAAAAAGGCACUAUUUAAAAGAAUUUUUUAAUUUCUUCCAUGGCACUUAAAAUAUUUUAUAAAGACUUUGCUGUAAAGAUUUUGUAAUUAAACAAUCUAAGGGCUCCUUUUCCAACAUUACCAUUUUUUAAAAAUGUUUUAAAAGCUAGAAAACAACUUAUGUAUAUUCUGUAUAUGUAUAGCAGCACAUUUCAUUUAUGGAAAUAUGUUCUCAGAAUAUUUAUUUACUAAUAUAUUUAUCUUAAGCCAUGUCUUAUGUUGAGAGUGUGACAUUGUUGGAAUAAUCAUUGAAAAUGACUAACACGAGGCCCUGUAAAUACAUGAUAAUUGCACACAGAUUUUACAUAUUUGCAGACCAAAAAUGAUUUAAAACAAGUCGUAGUCUUCUAUGGUUUUGUAACAAAUUGUACAAAUGACUGUAAAGAAAAUACAAUUUUAUCAACUAUGUGUUA